ACACUUUCGGAGAUGGAUAACCAGACUCGUCAACUCUUGUCCGGCUCCAGCAGCAGCCCGCUCGGUGGGUUGCAGCUGACAGGAUCUCUGCUGCGCCCUCCGCCGCUAUUUCUGCGGGCGGUCAACCCGGCCAUGGAGAGGGGCUACCCCCGCACCCCCAAGUGCGCCAGAUGCAGGAACCACGGCGUCGUCUCGGCCCUGAAGGGCCACAAGCGCUUCUGUCGCUGGAGAGACUGCGUGUGCGCCAAGUGCACGCUGAUCGCUGAGCGGCAGCGCGUGAUGGCCGCGCAAGUGGCGCUCCGGAGACAGCAAGCGCAGGAAGAGAGCGAGGCCCGGGACAUGCGGCUCCUGUACGCGGGCGCGACCGUCGGCGAAGAAGGGGAGACAUCAGCGCUUCCCGGGCUCACCGCGGCCUCCUGCAGCGCAGGUUAUGACGUUUACGCGACACAGGUCCCGAAAAACGAUGAUAAAGUCAGCAAGUACAGUGUGUUCAAUGGAUUCUUGACUCGACCUGCCAUUGCCACUUCAACUGUCCCUGUGGAAGAAAAGAAGUCUCCAAGCAGUGAUUCAAGCUAUAGUCCAACCGUGUUGUGUGACCAGCAGUUUGACCACACUGAAAGUCCUCGGAGGUCAUUGUCAUCUUCAGACCCUGAGUCAGGGAGUGAGACAGAGAAGCCCAGAGACCACCGGAAUCUCAACAGAGAUUCCACAGAAAUCAUGGCCAGGAUCUUUCCCUACCAGAAACGGGACAUUCUGGAGUCUAUGGUCAGAACCUGCAAUGGGGACCUUGUAAAAUCAAUUGAAAUGGUACUGACUUCGAAAGAAAAGGUUGACUCAGAGAGUUUUUCCAAUCACACACUUAAGCCAUCUCUGGUCACCCCAGGGUCAAAUCUUGGGAGCAGGUCUGCUUUCUCUCCACACCACAUCCCACAGACCACCCAUGGGGGAGACCCAUUUUCCGGCAUUAGUUCUCGGCUUGGUAUAAGUCCUCUACGGAUGUCUUAUUCUUCUCCAAAUGGUGCUAUGGCUGGUUUAAUGUCACAGUACAUGACACCAGGACUGAUGCCGUUGUUCCCACUGCGCCCCCCUCUGGACUCAUACUCACUCCCUGGCGUGAUGUCAUACCUUCACAGCAAAGAGUCCUUGCGCAACACAAGUCUUUACAGCAGACUCAACAAUGACAAAUGAAUCCCUUCAAUAUUGAUGUUCGAAGUUCAUUCGAGUUUCUGCUACUGUACUUCAUCUGAACUUUGUAAAUAACUUAUUUAAAAAUGUUCUUUCAUGUGUAUAUAUUGAACAAAAACAUGCUAUUUCUACAAUAAAGU